UUUUAAAAGUCAAAACUUUUCAACCGUUAUGACCCACAAGCAAGUCAAAAUCGGUAAAAGCAAGAAAUCUCGGAAAGGGAAACAUGUGGAAGAUGAGUACGAGAGUCGCGGCAGUCGCAGGCGAGCGUUGCUACUGAGCAGCGACGAUGUCGAGCGCAUGGCGGUGGAGAGCUCGCGGGCGAGGCUCAUCAACCACCUAGUCAGCAAGUGCGAAGACCAUUCUCAUAGAGAGUCUGCGUCCUACUCCCGAGGCAAACAUCUAGAGCCGCCCCACUCGGUCACAUCCCACCGAGCCCACGUCAACAAAGUGCCCAUUCUAAAAGUACCGUACGUAAUCCCUACCUACCAGUCUCUCGUCCAGUGUCCACGGUGGUGCCCGCCCACCAUGAAUAUUUCACCUCAAGGUUCUUAUACAGAAAGAAUGGAAAUUCCCCCGUACAUAUGCAAAUGUGCAAACUGCUCAUCACUGAACUGUCCCGGCAGGAAGGGUAACAAGUCGCGAAGGUUUAAGAGCAACAUCACGACCUUCUGUGACCAGUGCACGAUGACGCCGAAUGUGCAUGAUGUCGCGUGUGGUCGGACUCCUAUUCCCUCGACUCCGAUAUAUUCCGAUGCGGUAGCGCCAUGUUGUUCGUCUAUGUUCGCUCUUAUAGACGACCAUUGUAAAAAUAUACAUGGCCGGAAUGUCCCUUCACCAAUCCUAAAGAGAGGUUGCUUGAACUGCACGAAGAAGAAAACUUUUUGUGAUUUCGAGCCGUGCAAUAAAACUAAGUCUGUAAAGUGCUUUUUUAAAAAAGAACGGGACGAGAGUUCCGAUUGUGAGGAAAUAAUUUCGAGGAAGAAUAUUUACAAUGAGGGCAUUAGCGACGUUGUGACGGGUCGCUUCGCUCCAUGUGCAAGGAAUGUUCCUGUUUCCCCUAGAUGUAGUAGCAGGACUUUGAUAUCGAGCUCCUCCAGAAUUAGUCAUAUUCCUCACUCGCACAGGAACGAAUCUAGAUAUCACAAGCAUUGCGUAGAUCCACCUGAUAGGGUAUAUGUUCAGGACAAUUUCACGGAGACGACGAGGGGCCCCUACACUGUCGCGAUCCCGAAGCUGGUUGCCAGGAGGACCUGUGGAGCUAAAGCCUGCAGGCGUCACACUCCCGUAGUGCACAACAUCAAGAUGCCGAAGAAAGUGCUGAUGUCAGAGCGAGUCCUGGACCACGGCACUGACAGAACUCCCUGCAAUAAAAUGCCAUGUCGAAGAAAAUGA